UUUGGGGACCAAGAAGAAAAACGGACUUCCUGAUAAACAAACGAUUGAAUCCUUCGAUAGACAGCUUCUUUCACUGUCUAUGAUAGUCAGUCAUACAGUUUUUCAAAGGAUUUGGAUGUCAGUUCUCAUGAACUUGUAUUGAAGUCGAUAUGAAUUCUCUUGUGGGAUACGGGCUUUCCUCCGAGUCAGAGGACGAAGAGAAGGAAGACAGUCCGAAGGAGUCCUUCAAAAAGACAGAAUGUACUGUAGAUAAGACAAAAAGCCAUAAUUUCCUGUUGGAGUCGGAAUCGCUUUCCAGUGAGUCUGAAUCUGGUCCAGAGAAUGAGGAUCAAGAGGAGCCGCCCGCUGCUGAUCGCUUUUUUUCAGAGCCCUUGCCAACCCCAUCUGUCCGUCCUCACACACACAAGCUUCCACCUCCACCUCUGGGUGGAUCCAGCUCGGGUGGAGCGCUUACAGGCAGCAGUGUGUUUGCUAACCCCUUCAAAGAACUGGCUGAGGAGAGACUGAAUGUCCUACAGAAACAUGUACCUCUUACUUUACAAGCUCGCCCCACCCAGAUUGGCGGGAAGCGCAUCUGUGUGGCCUACAGGAAGAAUGGCCGUUGCCGCUUUGGAAGCGGCUGCAAGUUCGCACAUGACAGCGAUCUGCAGAGUAACCUCGUGGUCACCUCUGACAGUGGACCAAAAGACAACGUUGCAGUUUCACACAAUCAUGUCUCACCGGCUUCUUGUGAGGAAGACGGAGAAAAAGACAGCGAACAGCGAAAGAAGAGAAGAGUGGGCGUGAAUGACUCUCUCAUUCCACCAAAACGUGCACUCAAGCAGUAUGCCAGACUCUCACACCCCUAAGACGUUAUAACAUUCAGAAAUUCUAAACUUAAGUGUCUUUAUGACAUAAUUUGGGCAAAACACCCACAAUGCUGUGUUAUAUUAAUUGAGCUAAUAUGCUACUGAUGAGAUUAUGAUAAUUGGUCUGUAAAAUGUGUUUCAGACUUUCUCUGGAGGAAAUUAUUUUAUAGACAAAGGUGGAGUGGUCAGUAGUAGCAGAGAGAGACUAGUGAAAAUAUUUAAAAAACAAUGUAAGGCAAAGAUGUAAUUAUUUUAUUUGGGUUUUAUCUGGCUUCCUAAACCCACCCUUUUUAAUCUUACAUUAGUCAAAGGUUUUGAAACAAUAAAUGUGUGUAUAAAAA